UCGUAAGAAAUGGUCCAAGUAAAAGUAAAUGAGGGGGUCUUGGAGGGUAGUAAAGUGGAUAAUGUUUACGGCAAACCCUAUUUUAGUUUCAAAGGUAUUCCGUACGCUGAGCCUCCCCUGGGAGAUCUGAGAUUUAAGGCACCAAAACCGAAAAAACCAUGGACGGGAGUUCGACAAGCAACCGCUCAUGGACCAGAAUGUUGCCAAAUCGAUAUAUUUUCUCUACCACCGAUUUAUAAAGGCGAAGAAGACUGUCUUUAUUUAAAUGUAUACACACCUGACAUGAAACCACUCAAGCAUCUACCGGUGAUGGUAUUUAUUCAUGGUGGUGCCUUCAUGAGUGGAAGUGGAAACGACUUUCUGGUUGGUCCAGAUUUUUUAAUAAGACAUGAUGUCAUCCUAGUUACAAUAAACUAUAGACUUGAAGUACUUGGAUUCCUCUGCCUUGACACUGAAGAUAUUCCUGGAAACGCAGGAUUGAAAGACCAAGUUGCUGCGCUUAGGUGGGUACAGAAAAAUAUAAGAAACUUUGGUGGCGAUCCUGACAACGUAACAAUUUUUGGUGAAAGUGCUGGAGCGGCCAGUGUAUCACUACACUUGGUUUCACCGAUGAGUAAAAGCCUUUUUAAAAGAGCUAUAAUCCAAAGUGGAACAUUAUUCAGUGCAUGGGUGCAAUCUUAUAGAGCACGCGAUAGAGCUAUACUACUUGCAAGAGAAUUAGGCUGCAAGUCUAAGAACGACAAGGAGAUUUUCGAUUUCUUUAAAAAUCAACCAGCCGAGCGUCUAGUCAAGAAAAAGACGCCAAUAACGUAUACUGAAAUUGCCAAAUUAUCUCCCCAAAUAUUCUUUGCUGCUGUUUCAGAAAAACGAUUCAAGGGCCAAGAAUGUUUCCUUGAAGGGAAUGUUAUUGACACUUUUCGAAAAGGUAUCCACGAGGGAGUGGAAGUAAUUAACGGGUUUACGGAAGACGAAGGUGUUUUAUAUUUUGCAUUGGGGUGCAACCCUGACGCUGUGUUCGAUCACGCCAAUAGACUUCCUCAGUUCUUUGUCCCUCAAGAUAUAGCAAAUUACCUUCCGACAGAUCAACAAAUGGAACUUGGCAAGAAAGUUAAGAAGUAUUAUUUGAAGGACACAGUAUUUGCGCGAAAGGAGAAGAAUCUGGACGAAUUAUUGAAAUUCUUUACUAUGGAUUUCUUCGUAUACUCGAGUUUAGCUUGGCAGAAAAUCUGUGCGAAGACAAACAAAAAUAAAAUUUACUUGUACAAGUUUUCGUGCAAAUCGGAGCGGAACAUUUUUGCUCACAUUAUAAAAGAUUGUGAAUGUAUAUACGAACGGAGGAUUCCAGUGUCUCAUGGCGAUGAUUUGAUGUAUUUUUUCCCUUGUUCAAUGGGAUUACCACCUGUUGACACCAAAUCCAAAACCUUUAAAAUGAUAAAUCAAGCUACAACAUUGUGGACAAAUUUUGCGAAAUAUGGAGACCCAACGCCUGAUAACAGUUUAGGAGUAAAGUGGCAGCCGUAUACUAUAAAAAAUCAACAUUAUCUAGAUAUUGGGGAAAAACUAACACCUGGCAUUUCUCCGAAUGACGAAGAAAUGAGAUUUUGGGAAGAAAUUUUCAGGGAAUAUUAUCCACAAAGACUGCCUUAAAGUUUAA